AUGUGCCUUGUCCCCACGUCCCCACGCGUGACACCCCCUCUCCCCGUACCCCGCAGGCUGGCCCCGGCGCUGGGUCUCUCCCUGCUGCAGAACUGCGCGGUGCUCCUUUGCCGGGGGGGUCCUCCCUCCCCCUUAGACCUGGUGUCGGUGACCACGGCCUCGGGGACCCGUGUCUUCUCCUUCCUGAGCGUGGCCUGGGGGCUGGUGGCCGACGUGGACAUCGAGAGCGAGCGGCUGCGACGCCUGGGACCGGCCCGUUUCGCUUUGGGGACCGUCACCCGCCUCCUGGCCCUACACACCUACAGGGGGCGCCUCUCCUACCUGCCUGCCGCCCCCCCCCGAAGUGCCACCGCCGCCGACGUCACCCCAGCUGGGGACACCCCAGCCCGGGACACCGGUGGGGACCUCCUCCUCCCCCCCAAACCCUUGCCCCGAGCUCUUUCCGAUUUGGGGCUCUGCGGGGGGACGGGCAGCGGGCCGGGGACCCCCGAGGGGGAGGGAGGGGACUGGGGGGACGUGGGGGACAACACAGGACUUGGGGACAACCCAGGACUUGGGGUCACCCCUGAACCUGGGGGCACCAGGGACACCCCUCGGCUUGGGGACAACCUGGGGCUUGAGGACACCAGGGACAAGCUUGGGCUUGGGGACACCCCAGGGCUUGGGGACAACCCCAGGAAGAAGGGUGCUGCUGCUGGAGCCGUGUCAGCACGGGGGGACACCCCAACGCAGUGUGACACCCCAGGACACAGGGACGUGACGGCAUGCGGGGACACCUCCAGCUCUGGGGACACCUGGAGUGACGGGGACGCCCCAAGGGAUGGGGACACCCCGAGUGAUGGGGCCACCAAGAUCCAUGGUGUCACCUCAACGUGUGAGGACACCCCAAGAGAUGGGGACACCCCAAGUGAUGGGGCCACCAAGAUCCAUGGUGUCACCUCAACCCCGAGCCCCAACGGCCCCCCCAAAGCCGCCUCCCCUCCCCCCUGCCUCCCCGGUGGCCCAGUUGAUGACUUACUGGUGCCACUGGGCCAGCCGGUGCCCCCUGGCUGGGUGACUCUGGAGGGGGACUUCGUGCUGGUCCUGGCCAUCUACCAGUCCCACCUGGGGGCCGAACUGGUGGCCGCCCCCCGAGCCCGCCCGGACGACGGCCUCAUCCACCUCUGCUACGUGCGGGCGGGGGUCUCACGGGGGGCCCUGCUGCGGGUGCUGCUGGCCAUGACGCGAGGGGGGUCGGGGGGGGACGGGGCCACCCCCGGACCCCCCCUGGCCCGUGUCCCCGCUCGCGCCUUCCGGCUGGAGCCCCUCACCCCCCGGGGGGUCCUGACGGUGGAUGGGGAACGGGUGGAAUAUGGACCCCUCCAGGGGCAGAUCCACCGGGGGCUGGCCCGGCUCCUCACCCCCCCCACCCCCUGAGUGGGGACCCCCCCGGGGUGAGGGAUGUCGGGGGGGGGACCCCCAAAGGUGAGGGAUAUGGGGGGCCGAGGAUGUGCAGGGGCAGAACCACACACACACCUCCCCCAGAAACCUCCAGAGGACCCCCAGGGCUGGGGGACAUGGGGGGGACCCCCCAAAGGUGAGGGACACGGGGGGGGGACGGGACACCCCCAGAAGUGAGGGACAU